AUUACAAACAGAUCCUAAACCGGCCCAAAGAAAGAGCUUCUUCCACCCACCCCACGGCACUCCUCAAAAUCCAUCCUUCCCUUGCGGCGGCCGGCGCCAUCCCUUCUUCUUCCUUGCCAAGGACAGAAAAGGGUAGAAGAGAGGGCAGGCAGGCAGGCAGCGGCAGCGGCAGAGUCGAGAGCAGAGCUCGAGAGGGAAGAGCUAUGGAUGCUUCGGCCCUCAACAACCCGCGGCUGAAGGCGCUCAUAGAGGAGGAGAGAACGAAGGCACUGGCAAACGAGCUCGUGGCAAAGCUGACCGACGUUUGCUGGGACAAAUGCAUCACCGGGAGCAUCGGAAGCAGCUUCAGCAAGAGUGAAACCUCAUGCCUUUCCAACUGUGCAAAACGCUUCGCCGAACUGAAGAUGCUGACCAUGCAAAAAUUGACCAGCAGCAGUAGAUAAAACCACAUAGGUCUCUCUGCAUCUAAAAGUGUAGUACCCUCUGGAGUUUAUGCAACCCAAAAUUAGUACCUUUCUUCUGCUGCAGCACGAGUUUUGUUAUCCUUUGCUGGUAUACUAUCGUUGGUGAGAUGAUGGAAAGACAUGCCCAUAUCCAUAUGGCUUGGUUAUUGAAAUGCUAUGUUCAAUGUUCUAGUA